AUGUGUGAUGUUUGCUUCAAGGUUCAGACUGAUCCUGGUAGAUGGAUCACUGCUGUGCAGGUAAGGCUGAACCAUGUUUCUCACAGAAGAACCUUUUUCCACCUGGAGCAGCUCAUUCUCAAGCACGAUGCCGCGGUUCAUUGUGUUGGGAUCAAGCAGAUUGAUCAGGGGAGGGUAGAGUUUGUCCUUCCAAGCGAAUCGCUUGCCAUGGACUUUGUGGAGUUCUUGGCUAAAGUUAACCCAAUUAAGCCAGAUUACGUUGGAACCAUGUCAUAUGAUGCCGAAAGCGAUAUCCACAAGUCUACCCUCCCUGUUGAAAUUUGUGCUGUUUGUCCUGGAGAUCUCAUCUCUCUUCCUCCAGAGGUUGCUGCUAGUUUAGGUUAUUUGGGGCCUGUUGUCAUAUGCACCAAGAUUACUGAUUGCAUUGUCUUAAUGGAGCCGGUUACUAUAAAACACCGCCUUUUGGAUGCCGAUCAAUACUGGAGGUCGCCUUUGAAAACUCUGUUUUCUAGCGCGGAUCUCGUGAGGUAUGUGGUGGUAGAUAUAGAACCUACUUUUCAAAAAGUUAGCGUUGAUGGCUCAAGGUAUCAAUUAGCAGAUGUGAUUGUUGAUCGACGUUCGGAUAAUUAUUUGGAGAAAGACACUCCACGGAAGGUGAGAACGCAUCUAGGCCAUGUUUUGGAUAUCGGGAUGUUGGUCUUAGGUUAUGCCAUGUCUGGCAAAUACAAAGGCCUUGGCCUUCCUGAUGUGGUAUUGAUAAGGAAAUUUCGUUGGAAACGAGAGAAGCCGCGCACUUGGGAACUGAAGCGUCUCGUCAUGGAAGUUGAUGACAGUCUCAGAAGUAGUAGAGGUUAUGAAGAGAAGAUAGAGAUUGAGUAUGAAGAACUUCUGGAGGAAUUGGAGAUGAACCCUGACAUUUGGUCUCAGUAUAGUUUCUAUAAGAACAAGUAUUACCAGCUAGCUAUCUGA